AUGGGUGAGCCACAGCAAGUAAGCGCCCUCCCACCCCCUCCAAUGCAGUACAUCAAGGAGUAUACAGAUGAAAAUAUUCAGGAAGGCCUCGCUCCCAAGCCUCCACCUCCGAUAAAGGACAGUUACAUGAUGUUUGGCAACCAAUUCCAGUGUGAUGAUCUUAUCAUCCGCCCUUUAGAAAGUCAGGGUAUUGAACGGCUUCAUCCUAUGCAGUUUGAUCACAAGAAAGAACUGAGAAAACUCAAUAUGUCUAUCCUUAUUAAUUUCUUAGACCUCUUAGAUAUCUUGAUAAGGAGCCUCAGGAGUAUAAAAAGAGAAGAGAAGCUAGAAGAUCUUAAGCUGAUUUUUGUACAUGUGCAUCACCUCAUAAAUGAAUACCAACCCCACCAAGCAAGAGAGACCUUGAGAGUCAUGAUGGAGGUGCAGAAACAUCAGCGACUUGAGACUGCCGAGAGGUUUCAGAAGCAUCUGGAACGAGUCAUUGAGAUGAUUCAGAAUUGCUUGGCUUCUUUGCCUGAUGAUUUGCCCCAUUCGGAAGCAGGGAUGAAAGUAAAAACUGAACCAAUGGACGCCAAUGAUAACAGUAAAUGUGCUGGACAGGAUGAACAACAAAGAGAAAAUUCAGGUCACAGGAGAGAUCAGAUUAUAGAGAAAGAUGCUGCCUUGUGUGUCCUAAUUGAUGAAAUGAAUGAAAGACCAUGA